CAGUGCAGCACCCGAGGCCGUGGCGUGAGGAGGAAGCGGAUAGCUGCUGCGUCUCAUAAGUGGUGCCGAGAAGACAGUGCGUUUGUGUUAGUGUGUGUGUGUGUGUUUGUGUGUCAGGUGUUUACGCCGACGUGGAAAACAUGGAGGAAGAGAAGGUCCUGCCCGUCAUCGACCUGAGCCUGGCCAAGGGUCACACGCGGGCCGGCCUGGUGAAGGAGCUGCACGAGGCGCUCACCACCGUGGGCUUCAUCUACCUCAAGAACGUGGACGGCUACGACGAGGAGGCGCUGCUGCGACACUCCAAGUGGUUCUUCAGCCUGCCGAUGGAGCAGAGGAUGGCCAUCUCCAAGAAGUCUUUCAACCCUAAGUGCAGCAACGAGUACCGCGGAUACUUUCCUGUCAUCCCCGGCGCCACAUGGAUGGAGGUCUACCACGAGAAGAUGACCGAGGCUUCGCGGGAGCUGCUGAGCCUGAUCGCGGAAGGUUACGGAGCACCCAGCGACUUCUACGCCGACAUCUUCAGGGAUCCGCAUCUCUCCACGCUCCGGCUCAUCCGCUACCCGGCCAGACCCAACCCGACAUAUGAAGCCCGUGACGGUGACGCGGUGAUCCAGACGGCCGAACACCAGGACACCACGAAGGUCACGCUGCUGGCCACCUUUGCCGAGUACCCGGGGCUGCAGGUUCGCUGGUGGAAGGACGACUCCAUCAUCGACGUGACGCACAAACCCGGCCACCUCGUCAUGAACAUCGGCCAGCUGCUCUCCUACACCAGCGGCGGGGCUCUCAAGGCUACCAAACACCGCGUGAUCGACUGCUGUGGUGAUAGGCUGUCCGUCCCAUUCUUCCUGGAGCCACGGUUCCACGCCAACGUGAACGUGGUCCUGCCAGGGUGCGAGCAGAGGGAAAGUCAGCCCAAGUACUACGGCCACUGGCUCUUGGAGGGGAUCAGAAAGUGA